CUACAUAGUGAUGUAAAAGGUGUGCGUAAAGGAUAUCGUGCUGAGCUCAUCUCACUACAUAUUUGUGAUUCAUCUGUUCUGACUUCGAUGGCAGAACUAUGUGCGAAGUAAUCGAGUAGUUAAUGUGAUGUUUUGUGAAGGCAAUAACGAGAAUGCCAAUUCAGGCACCACAGUGGACUGAAUUUCUUUCUUGUCCAGUUUGCUGUCAUGAUUUUGAUGUGGCAAUACGUGGCCCUAUAUCAUUAGCAUGUGGUCAUACUAUUUGUCGUACGUGCCUUGCAAAUUUACAUCGUAAACAAUGCCCUUUUGAUCAAAGUAUUAUCAACACAGAAAUAGAAAGACUACCGGUAAAUGAAGCUCUAUUGCAAUUAGUAGGGAAUCCUGUUCCCAUAAAUGUUGCAACAGCUUACCAGAAGUUACUACCACCUGAAGACCAUGCUAAUUAUUUGGCUGCUAAACGUUGCAUUGAGGAACUUGCUCUAUAUCUCAAACCAUGUCAGACAAAUCCGACUCUAGCUGCAGGAGGUAUGGGACUAAUUUCUCGGCCAAUGCAAAGGAAACUUGUGACUCUUGUGGGUUGUCAGUUAGUUGUACCGGAAGGAAGAGCACGUGCAGUGAGAGCAGCUAGAAGUUUAGGAGAAAGAUCAGUUACAGAAUUGAUACUGCAACAUCAAAAUCCGCAACAGCUUAGCGCUAAUUUAUGGGCCGCUGUACGUGCUCGUGGUUGUCAAUUUCUUGGACCAGCUAUGCAAGAGGAAGUACUAAAGCUUGUUCUACUGGCUUUGGAAGAUGGAUCAGCUCUUUCCAGGAAAGUGUUAGUCAUGUUCGUAGUUCAACGUUUAGAGUCACAUUUUCCUCAAGCAUCUAAGACAAGUAUAGGACAUGUUGUACAAUUGUUAUAUAGGGCAAGUUGUUUCAAGGUAUCUAAACGGGAAGGCGAUUCAUCACUCAUGCAGUUGAAAGAAGAGUUUAGGACAUACGAGGCUUUAAGAAGAGAACACGAUGCACAAAUAGUGCAGAUUGCAACUGAAGCAGGGUUAAGAAUAGCACCUGAUCAGUGGUCCGCGUUAUUAUAUGGAGAUACCAGCCAUAAAUCUCAUAUGCAAAGUAUUAUAGACAAACUUCAAACUCCGCAGUCUUUUGCUCAAAGUGUACAAGAAUUGGUUAUUGCUCUUCAACGUACUCCUGAUCCUGGACAAUUAAGUAGUCUAAGACCCCAAUUAGAACGUUUAGCAGCAAUAGAUCCUAGCCCAGAAACUGAACCACCUACAUUAGCAGAAUGUCGUGCAGCAUUAGAAGCUGUCAGAACAGUAGUCGCAGCGUUAGUAGAAUUUAUUCAGCAACAUGGUAAUCGAAAAGCACAGGAUGGUACUCACAAUGUGGGUCCAGGUCAACCAAAAUAUAAAGUGAGCAUGUGUCGAGAUCUUGCACUUAGAGGAUCUUGUCCCAGAUCAACAAGCUGUACAUUUGCUCAUAGUGAUAUGGAAUUGGAUAAAUACAGAUCAAAAAAUAGAAAGCUAAGUAUCAGGUCAAAUUUACCCGCAAGUAAUAAUUCGGAUAUAAAGACGGACAAAUCGGCUACUGGGUCAAAUAAUAAAACAUACAAGCAAAACGAUGAUUUAUCUUACCAUUCCAUAAAAUCACAUGAUAAUACUCAUAGAGAAAAUUUCAAUUCUAUAAAUAAAAUUAAUCCGAUGCAACAUCACACUCCAUCAAGUGAAAACAAUUUCGUUGGCUCUUUAACAAACUACAUGUUACCACCUCCGCAAGGAACGUCACCUAUGGUACCGAACAAAAAUAUGGACAUAUAUUGCUCUCAUUACAUUGUGCCGAAUGCACCUGUUGACUACACUGCACCUAAUCUCAAUAUGUGGGACACGUCGCAAGUUUCACCUAAUGUAACCAAUGGUGUUUCAAAUACUAAAAAGCAGCGGACGGUUGCUAAGACAUUGGCGAUGUUACGGCAACGCAGAAUAGAAAUUUUAAAUGAGCUUGAAACUAUUGUCAACAAACAAGUGCCACAGAUAAAGACAAAUUACGAUAUGCAAGCAGAUACACUAUCGUGCAACUUCUCCAUAUGGACAAACGCGUCAAGUAAUCUUAUGGUUCCUCCGGCAAAUAUAAAUUGUAACAAUAACUUUCGGUGCACAGAUCCGAUCUUAUUCGACGAUGAAUUCGUUCCGCUUGACGCGUCAUCUAGUAAUAAAUAUGGACCAAUUUCUAAAUUAUCCAAAAACAUAAUGAGAUCUAGUAACUGCGUACAACCUACUAAUUUUUAUACAGAAGGAACUGCACCUCCUCCGUAUCGUCCCAUGCCAACGGCGAAUUCUGUUACAUCUUGGUAUUACGGUAAUCAGCCUUAUUCUGCUAUUGCUGCGAAUGGCGAAGUACAGCCUAUCAAUACUACCGGUUUUGGGGACAACUAUAUUACGUUUGGUCGAAAUAUAUCCGAGUCAACUGCACACACUCAACUUUCACGAUCGGAGUGCAUGUCUAAGGAUUUAAUUCUUGAGUCACAAAGAGUGAAGCAACAGCUAAAACAUCUCGAAAAGAAGAUCAAUGAUUUGAAGCUUGCUACACAAGGAGCUACUUUCACGGCCGGAGAAAGGCUAGCGCAAGAACUGCAAAUGAUUGAAGCUGGUAUUAGGGAGAAAGAAAAGGAUGUGCGAAAUUGGAGCCCGUACGGUACUGUACCUUGGAUUCAGUCGUCAAAUAAUCUGCUUGGCACACAGAAUUUUAAUCAAGAUUACAAGCCAGAAGAGGAAGAUACAUACGAGGCUGGUAUUGCGAAUGAUAUGCGGGAGUUAGAAUUGCGAUGGGAAUUUGAACUUCAAGAGCAAGAAAAACAUUGGUCGAGUGAAGAGGACAAUUCUAAAAAAUAAUAGUGAGGCAGUAAGUCUUACUAAGUCGUCUACUUCUUAGAUCUGACCUUAUUCGUUUAAUGGCGACAUGUUUUUUGACAUGCGCGAGAGAGAUCAUUUUUUGUGCGAACUUCCAUGCAUCAGCAUGAUACAUACUUUUUCAAGAGAACGACUGAAAGUGAAGAAAAAAAAUAGAAUUUGUACUAUUUGCAAAGAAAGAAUUUAACGCUCUUCUAAAUACAACUAAAAUAAGAACUCACCACCGGACGAUGACGAUUUAAACAUUAUCACUAGAAAUUCAGAGAAAGGAAAUUAUCAUUCGCUGUUCAACAUUAUAAAAAGAAAAUUUCUCCCGUUGGUAUACUGUAACAUAAAAGUGGAUUCACUACUUUCCCAUGUACUAUGCCUUUGCAAGUCUCUUGGUACAUAGUAUUUGUUCUAUUACCGUAAUCAUGUGUAUUAUCCUCUAAAAUGUUAAAUCAACAUAAAGGAAAAACAUAGCUAUGAAUAUGUGAUAUUUUGAAACAAUUUGUUUAUCACAGUUUGUCAGGUCUUUCAUGAUGAUAAUUCAUAAUUUAGUUAUGCAGGAAGUCGCAUUGUUUUUUAUGUUUAUUAGCUACAGUAGCAAUUUGUUAUAGAGAUCAAUGUAUUGUAAGAAGUGAGAGUUAGCCGCCGCAUUGGGAUUUACAUAUACGAAACCGGUGAAGGUUUGAUGAGAGAUCCGUUAUGGUGUUGUCAUAAUGGCAGCAUUCAUUAAUAAACUGAUCGAACAGACGACGAGAAGCAGAUUUGUUAAAAUUUAACAGAAAUUAAUGUCAGUGUUUUAUAAACAUGACAGGAUGUAGUAUAUUUUGUUUGUAUGUUUGCACAAUGAAGCAAAGGAUAUUAUAUUACUGAUACAUUCGGAAAGAAUGCUAUUUAACCUGCAACGAGGUUACAUGAUAAAAAUAUUACGAAAUACAUAUAGACGUUA